CCACCCAGACGUCACUCUGUGUGUCCUUUACGGAUAGUUUCAAAGGGUGUGAAACUCAAAGGCCCGACGUGCGGUCAGACUCUCAGCAGGUGGGUCUCUCCACGGGGUUCUUCCGUGACGCUGCUCCCCGUUCCGAGAUGAGAGCGGCCUUGCAGCGAAGACUCUGGUGGUUUCAGGGGCUGGUCGUCGCCAUGGUGGUCGCGGUGCUGGUGUGGAUGAACAGUCCUAAUCUACCUAGGCUCCACUGGCCCCCAGAUGCUUGGAGCCCACCUGGACAGAGCCCACCUGGUCAGACCCCACCUGGUCCACCUGGUCAGACCCCACCUGGUCCACCUAGUCAGACCCCACCUGGUCAGACCCCACCUGGUCCUGGUCAGACCCAACCUGGUCCACCUGGACAGACCCCACCUAGACCACCUGGUCAGACCCCACCUGGUCAGAGCCCACCUGGUCCUGGUCAGAGCCCACCUGGACCACCUCAAGCCAGCCGAUGCCUCCAGCCAGACACCGGGAGAGAGAAGGCGCCCCUGGUGGCCGUCAGCGGAACAAACACCCUGCUCAUCUCGGCCUACCUCGACCUCCGAGCCCGCCCAGAGGUCCGCAUCAUCGGCGUGGCGUUGAGGAAGGAGCAUGCCGCCUACCGAUGCCUCCUCUGUUGCCAGGGGCAACCCUACAUGGCCGCCGGCGCGGCCGAUGUCCACAGUGACCACUUUGGGUUUGACUACGGGACAGCGGACGUCUUCUGCCCCCUCCCCGCCGGGUGUCCGGACCCCUCCCAUGUGGCCGUGAGCGCGGUGGCGGCCCCCACAGAGACCCUGAGCCAGAAGGAGGAGGAGGAGCCCAGGUUCCUGCUGGUCAAGAACAGGAAGCCAAUCAGCAAGGACUUCCCUCACCAGUUCACCGUAUGCCUCUCCACCAUGUUCGACUUCACCAACGUGCUGCAGCUGGUCCAGAGUAUGGAAAUGCUGCGGAUUCUGGGCGUGACCCAGGUGGUUCUCUACAAGACCAGCUGUAACGCAGACACACAGAGGCUCCUGGACCACUAUGAACGUACAGGGUUCCUUGAGGUGAUCGCGUGGCCCCUCGCCGGCCGGCUGAACGUGUCUCGAAGCUGGCGGCCAGAUCUGGGCGCGGGGCAGCUGCACUACUACGGCCAGCUGGCCGCACUCAGUGACUGCGUGUACCACAACAUGUACCGCUGCCGCUACCUGGGCCUGCACGACAUGGACGAGCUCAUCCUGCCCCAGGCCGUGGACAGCUGGACGGAGCUGCUGCCGCAGCUGGAGCUGAAACACGGGCCGGGCCGCAGCUACAUGUUCCAGAACCACGUCUUCCCCACCUCCAUCUCCGGGACCCCGUCCGCCCCCUCCUCCGAGACCCGCCCCACCGCACGCUGGCAGGAAGUGGAGGGGGUCAACAUCCUGGACCACCUGUACCACGAGCCCCCCGACACCGUGACAUGGAGCAACCACAAGAUUAUAGUGGACCCCCGGGCCGUGGUGCGGCCCACCGUCCACGGGUUGCUGAACCCCACGAACAUCAACGUCGCCGUGCCCCCCAGCGUGGCGCGCAUGUACCACACCAGAGCGGCGUGGACGGCGGGGCUGAGGCGGAUCAACCUGACGUUCGAUGGGCGUCUGCUGGACUACAGAGACCGCCUGGUCCGGGUCGUGGACGAGGUCCUGGAGCGGACCGGGCUCCUCCACCCAUCCCGGGAGGGCCCCCGACUGGGGGACUGAGGGGGUGGGGUAUGGUGGAGAAGACCAGUUCCUCCACCUGUACCUAGCUGUAAGUUCUAUGGAGCUCGCUGUCAGUUCUAUAGAGCUCCUUUUCUUGACCUGCAAACCAAAUUGACCCAAGGGUAUGAAUAAAGCAACCUUGAACCUUGAA